AGUGCGAAAACACCGACAACUGAAACAAUCACCGCAGGAAGCAUGCGACAAACUUUAAACGGUUUCUUUGACUAUCCGCAACCUUCCAGUGACUUGUUCAGUUCAUUCCUUUUUCUUUCCAUCGAAUUCAAGUCAAGUCUAGAAUUUCGAAAGAACUAAAGGAAAAGAAAAGAAAACCCCCUCUCAGAUCCAAUCUUAAGAAUAUCUAAUAUUAAGUGUGGUUCAUUGAAUUUUCCACAUGGAUGCAUCGUCGUCGUCGUCGAGUCAACCUGAAUUCGAUUAUUUGUUCAAGCUUCUGUUGAUUGGGGAUUCUGGGGUUGGCAAAAGCACCCUCCUUUUGCGCUUCACCUCUGAUUCUUUCGAGGAUCUUUCUCCCACCAUCGGUGUGGAUUUCAAAGUUAAAUAUGUUACAAUGGGAGGGAAAAAGUUAAAACUUGCUAUUUGGGACACAGCUGGACAGGAAAGGUUUAGAACACUUACUAGUUCAUAUUACAGAGGAGCUCAGGGAAUAAUUAUGGUAUAUGAUGUGACACGGCGAGAAACCUUUACAAAUCUAUCUGAUAUAUGGGCUAAAGAAAUUGACCUAUACUCCACAAAUCAAGAUUGCAUCAAGAUGCUUGUUGGAAACAAAGUUGAUAAGGAGAGUGAGAGGGUUGUCAGCAAAAAGGAUGGGAUAGACUUUGCAAGGGAAUACGGAUGUCUGUUUACUGAAUGCAGUGCAAAAACCAGAGUCAAUGUUGAGCAGUGUUUUGAGGAGCUUGUAAUGAAGAUUUUGGAGACACCAAGCCUCUUGGCUGAGGGUUCAUCUGGUGUGAAAAAGAACAUCUUCAAGCAGAAACCCCCGCAGUCUGAUGCAUCAAGUAGUAGCUGCUGCUCAUGGUGAUUCACGUGCUCACCAGGGCCUUUCACCUUCCACUUCUCAGUAUGAUCUGGAUUUCAAGUGCAAUUAAAUUUCAUCAGAUGUACACACAAAUAUUUUAUUUAGAGCCUGUAUAUCCAGAUUAAAUUAUUGUUCUUCUCAAGAAUUUGCCUAGCUUUUAAAGAUAUCCAUUUUAUUGGGUGUUAUUAGCAAGUACUCAGCUGGGUUUCAUAUUUCAUACCGUCCUUGCAUAUGGAAAACGUUUGCUAUAUUUAUGCUUUGAUGUCUUAACAUGAUCAUAGCUGACAUUCACACAUUGAGGAAAUUUAUAUAUAAAACUUCCUC